AUGGAUUCUUGCGAAGAGACACCUAGUGUUGCUUGUGGUACAGCCGUUACUCGAAGUGGUAGCGGUGGCGAGUAUACAAGCUAUGAUGUUGGAGAAGGUGGUGCUAAUAGAUUCACCACCGUAUGUAGUGGAGGGGCUAGCGGCGCCGGCGGUGAUGUCGACGGUGAGGGUGGAGGCGUCGUGACAAAUCUUACCGGCAUCCAUGAUUCCUCCGGAGAUCUUUUGCCUGACUAUGGCUUUCCUACACCGGUCCGCAGUAAAACACUUAUCCCUAUGGGUCGCAAAGGAAUUGGGUCUUCUGGAGAAGGUGGUACUACUUGCUGUGGGAGCGGCGGUGGUGGGGGUGGUUUUACUGGCAGUACUGAUAGUGAGCGAAACAGCCUAGUUGGUGCAGGUGGCACGGCUUCGGCUGUGCUGAGGCUGGAAAAUCAGGGUCUGCGGCGGAAAUUGGCCGAGGAGCAUGCAUUCUAUCAACGCAAGUUCAAUAACAUUCAAGAGGGACAACAGAAGCAGGGCCAGUUGGUGCAGAAACUACAGAUAAAGGUAUUACAAUAUAAAGAAAAGUCUCGGGCCUUAGAGACAAAAGUACAGCUUCUUGAGAAUGAAAAAAGAGAGCAGAAAGCAAAAAUGGAAGAGAAUUCUGCAGAGCUUGAAACUGCUCUAAUAAGGCUGGAAGAAGAGCAACAAAGAGCAGCUACUUUGCACAGUGUAAAUUGCAUGCUUCGCGACCAGCUAGACCAGUCAAGUCAAGCAAACAACUGCCUAUCUGGCAAUCUACAAGAUACCCGGGACGAGCUCCACCAGCUACGUUGUACUUUACAAACCAGGCAGACUGAAUGGCAGAGUGAAGCUGCUGCAUUCCAAGACUAUCUGGCGGGAGAGCAUACACGACUUUUGGUGCUCUGGCGAGCUACGGUCUCCUGUAAACGUCAUUUCACUGAACUUAAAUGCCAGGUGGAACGUGAGCUAGCAAACGUAAACGCCGAAGUGGGUCGGUGUUCUCGUGCUUGCAUGCAGGCUUGUGACAACCUUAAGGCAAAUUUAAAGGGAGCUGAACUUCAACACCAAGUAGGAAAUAACAAGAUCUAA